CGGCUCUUCCCCAAAUACAUAAAAAUAAAAAUUUGGAAGUUUUUUUAACAAAAGUGAAUUGCAUUGCCACAGUAAAUGUUAAAUUGACACAAGACAAGGACAUUAAUAUAUUUGAUAUUUGUUUAUACUUUGUACAGUCCGUUUUCCCGCCCUUGCUUAGCCACAGCAGUAGCCAAAACCUCGAUCGAAGCUGAAGCAGAGAAAAUCCCUCAAACGCUCUGCCGAUCUGUGCGUACGCGUUCUUUACGUAAUUUUGUUGUAGGAUGGGUGUGGAGAAUUAUCAUGUUGUAGAGUUAGUUGGUGAAGGUUCAUUUGGAAAGGUGUAUAAAGGAAGACGGAAGUACACGGGGCAGACUGUUGCAAUGAAGUUUAUUCUGAAACAUGGUAAGAGUGAAAAAGACAUCGAUAAUUUGAGGCAAGAAAUUGAGAUAUUACGGCAAUUGAAACAUGAGAAUAUCAUAGAAAUGUUAGAUGCCUUUGAAAGCCCACAGGAGUUUUGUGUUGUGACAGAAUUUGCACAGGGUGAACUUUUUGAGAUUCUUGAAGAUGAUAAAUGCCUUCCUGAAGCACAAGUUCAGGCUAUUGCUAAACAACUGGUAAGGGCACUACAUUAUCUUCAUUCUCAUCGUAUCAUCCAUCGCGAUAUGAAGCCCCAAAAUAUUCUCAUUGGAGCUGGAGGUGUUGUCAAGCUUUGUGACUUUGGGUUUGCGAGAGCUAUGUCGUGUAAUACUAUGGUUCUUCGUUCCAUCAAAGGAACACCCCUCUAUAUGGCUCCUGAACUGGUACGCGAGCAACCUUACAAUCACACCGCAGAUUUGUGGUCCCUUGGUGUUAUCUUAUAUGAACUGUAUGUUGGUCAACCUCCAUUUUACACAAAUUCUGUUUACACACUUAUCCGACACAUUGUCAAGGACCCCGUUAAGUAUCCUGAAAAUAUUAGCCCUAACUUCAAAAGCUUUUUGAAAGGCCUUCUUAAUAAGGUCUCACAGAAUCGAUUAACUUGGCCUGCCCUUUUGGAACAUCCGUUUGUAAAAGAGAGCCAAGAGGAGAUAGAAGCUAGAGAAAUGCGUGCGGCAACUGCUGCUGCAAGAGGAUGUGAUGCAGCCUGGAGAGGUGAAGUCAAUGUUAAACUUCCAUCACCAGCCCGAAACAUUGGCACUGUACCUAAUAGUAGUCCGAUAGGAAAGGCACACACAGGUGAUGCUUGCGAAAAGUUUGUUGAAACUCCUGUUAGUGAUCGCCCAGCACUUGUCCCGCGCCCAUCAAAUGAUAAUAUUCAGCGGCAGCAACAAAAUGCACUACCAUCUCAAAGUCCAGCUCCUUCAGAUGCUGAAAUUUCAGUGCUUGAUAAGUUGGAGAGUAACUCUCGCACAGUUAAGGGAGCACAAGCAAUUGGCCAAGAUCGUGCUGCUCUAGCAAAUAUUUUGCAUUCUUUCAAAAACUUUAAUGUCAAAGGCACAGCAGUCCUUGCAAGUGAGCAGGCUUGUGCAAAUGUGAACCAGGCAUUGAGGGUUAUUUCAAAUUUACUUGCUGCAGGAGCUCUUCAUCCAAAGUCGGUUGUGGAUGAUGUUAUACCUGCUGUGUUUGGUCUUGUGCUUGCUACCUUAAGUGCAUCUAGUUCACAGCUUACUGGCUGCCUGACAAAGGGUUUAGCAGUUCUCAGAAAACUGAUGGAUUUGGGUGGAAGCAGAAUAGAGAGCUCAUAUCUGCAGCAUUGUGUUGCAUUGCUUCGGAUUUAUGCACAGGCUGUCAAUUAUGUACAUGACUCAUCUAGAGUGUUGUACGAGUCAACUGCUUGUGUGAAUGUCAUGCUUGCACGAAUUGCAUCAGGGCUUAGGAAAUCGCCUUUUCCAGAAGCAGCUUCGGCUAUAUCUGGUUUUUCAACAGAACAAAAUGCUAUUAGCCAAAUUCUAGGGCAGGCAAAAGCCUUAGGAACUGCUGAUCAUCUAUGUAUAUGUUUGGCUACUUCAGGAACAAACCUAAUGUCCGGUUCCUGCAAUUUGGCGCCUGCAACUUCUGAGGCAUGUAAAGCACUAUGGUUAUUAAUGGAUUCCUUGAAUUAUGCAUUUGGAAAAGUCAAGAAACACAUAUUUCCACUUAAUGCAUUCAAAGCUUAUGCUUUGGAGCUGUUAGAUACUAAAGAUCCUAUUGAAGAAUUGAAAGCUGAGGAUGCAUCUUUAGGAGUUGUGGAAACUGUAACAAGUUGGCUUUUGAAGUCAAAGGGAAUGCAGUUUGGCUUUUGCUAUGCACUUCUGCAAGGAUCAGAAUUUGCCCUAUCCUCUUGUAUGCAGGUUCUGAUGCGUUGCUGCAUUUACAAUGCAUCUGCUUGUGAUGUAUUAUGUGGUAUACCAGUUCAAGAGCCUGUAUCUAGUGCUGUGAAUGGAGGUGGAGAUGGAACUGUUGUUGGGACUAUGUUUCAAUUGCUGUCGCUACACAGUAAAUCAACUUCCAAUAAAGAAUCACCUUCUAAUGAAUCUAAUGAAUCAGAUAAUGCAGCCAGAUAUUCCAGUAAAGAUGCUGUUAUUCUACAUACAUGUCUUACUCUUGCAACCAUUUCACAGGGGUUGAAGUUGUGUGGAAGGCGUAAUGCUUCCUGUGCCUUGACUGCAUCUCAACCAAAACAGCGAUCUCGUCUUCAAGUACUUAAACAACUAUAUUCUUCUGAUGAUUGGUCAACUGGUGCUUUUCCUCAACAUCGCCGUGUAGCAGCUAUGUUAGCUUUGGCAUCCAUCCUGUCCCUUGAAUAUGAUGCACAUGGACCUAUCAACUCAUCAUCGGUAGCUGAAAUUGCAUUAGCUUCGAUUCCUCCAACAAACACAAUACGAGUCCAUCUCGGGCUACCUUUUGUUUCAGAAUCAAAGGCAUGCGAUAGGAAAGAUGAGCGGGCUGUGGUAAGCAGCGGAAAUGACAUGCUCACACAUUGGCAUGGACUGAGAGAUGGUUGUGUUGGUUUACUCGAAGCACGAGUUAAAUGGGGAGGACCACUGGCUGUAGAGCAAGCUUGCUCACAUAGUAUUCCCAGUCUACUUAUUUCUCUGUUGGCAGAUGGGCCUGCUAAGAUAAAUCAUGAAGUAGGUAGUUGCUUAGAGGAUAAGGUUGGCUUCUCUCCGACAGGUGUUGUGUGGGCAUUGUCAGUAAUAGCACAGUGCUUAACUGGUGGCGCAUUCCGGGAUAUUCUUUUAAAGAGAGAGCCUCUUAGUUUAAUCAUAGGAUUGAUGAAUGAAUCGCAUCUCAAGUAUGUGAAAUUUUGGGAUGGGCAUGGUGGGGGCAGUGCUGGUUUGAGAAACUUAGUGAAUGAAAUCAUUAAUAUUUUGGCAUUUCCUUUUAUCAUCUCUCAGCAAUCUCCUGGUUUACCAUCAACAUCUGCAUCCAUCAGUAGUGGUUUGCUUCUAAACUCAACCUCUCCCGGGGGAAGAGUAGGCAGUGAAAAUGUGGAUAUCAUAAAGGCAGUUUCUGCUAGUAUGACCCAGUAUUCACAAAUGCUUCUUGAGGUUGGUGUUGUUGCUCCUCUUCUGAAGUGCUUGGAAUAUUUGGAAGCAACAGAUUAUGGAAGACCCGUUGCUCUUAUUGCCAAAAUGGUUAGCUCGAAGACACUUGCUGUCGAGCUUGUCAAAAGCAGGCUCCUGAGCCCCAGCACAAUAGGGAUGAUGCUUGAUAGCGCAUGUCCUAAGGAGGUCAUUUUGGAUCUUUUGAUGAUCAUCUCGGACUUGGCUCGAAUGUCAAAAGACUUCUACGAACCAAUAGAAAAAGCAAAUUUGUUUGGUACUAUGAAAUGUUUCUUGAAACAUGAUGAUGCCAAUAUACGUUCGAAAACUUGCAGUGCCUUGGGUAACAUGUGUCGUCACACACCUUAUUUCUAUGACUUUCUUCUCAAGCAUGAUAUUAUUAAUCUUCUCAUAGAUAGAUGUGCAGACCCAGACAGGCGCACCAGAAAAUUUGCCUGCUUUGCGGUUGGCAAUGCUGCUUAUCACAGUGAUUAUUUAUAUGACCAACUUCGACGAUCUAUACCACAUCUUACAAACCUCUUGCUUGGAGAGGAAGAAGACAAAACUAAAGCGAAUGCAGCAGGUGCUUUAAGCAAUCUUGUGCGAAAUUCAAGCAGACUAUGUGAGGACAUAAUAUCCAAGGGUGCCAUGCAGGCAUUAUUGAAAGUAAUAUCAGACUACUCAGCUACUGCUUUAACACCGGGAAGAAGGGAUGCAAGCAGUGAGUCACCCCUCAAGAUAGCCCUUUUUUCCCUGGGCAAUAUGUGCAUCCAUGCGCCAUGCAGACAAUUCCUUCGCUCACCUGAGUUCUUCCAAGUUCUGAUGCGCCUCCGUCAAUCUCCAGAUCCGACCAUUAUUAAAUAUGUAUCUCGUAUCACUAACAGAUUUCCUGAUGCCUCGAAUUCUCCAGCGCAAUGAUCUACUUGUUGCAAUAUGAAGUCUCUAUACAAAGUGCUUUGGGACUUUUAGCAUACAGCUUUUUAGACCAAAAGGUUAAGUGGUGUCAAACUAGUGUUGGAAGAUGGCCCAACAACACUAGGAGUCCAUCUUCCUUCUAAAAUAAGCAUGAAAUGCAAAUUACCUUCAGGCCAAAUAUAUUGACUGCUCUUGAAGAGGGAAGGUGGAAUAUGUGCUAUCAUCACAUUAGUGGUUGUGGCUGACCCAGACGAGUCUUGAUAUUCAAUUACAAUGCUGUUCGGACAUAUUGUGGUUGUUGGUUCGAGCUGUGCUGUAACUCCACCAGUAAUAUAUAGGUUAGGAGAUAUUUCGAGAUACAUUGGGUUUUUCUAUCGUUCAGUUAGCUGUAUGGUAAUGAGGUUGGUAUAAGCCACGAAGCUGGGCACUGGAAAUUCAUCAUGCUUCACAGGUGCUGGUCAAGCACGUGUGUAAUGUAUUAUGCAGAAUUAUUUUUGUCAUUUUUUGGAAAAUCUGGAGCAAAACAUUGCUGGUUCAUUCAAUUUCAUUAAGAAAAAGAAAGUAAGUAAUCAAUGUAGACUGAAGCCGUUGGGAUUCCCGGUUUACCGCAAGGACGUAAACAUUUUGCCCUGAUCGUAUGGUGAAUAGUUCAUGAUUGUAGACGCUAUUUUUUUAUUGUUUUCAUGAAACUUUUCAUCGUUCAAUGUAAAUGGUUUUUCAUUUUAAGACAUGAAUGCAGUUUGCUUA